CAUUGCCCAUUUUUUCACCACUUUUCUUUGAAGAGACAAUUGCUUCUUAAAUUCUUAAAAUCCCCUUGGCUGACAAUCUGAGUUGGGUUUACCGUCUCUCGCUGGCCUGCGGGGCUGGAGCAGUCGAACUCGAGCAGAUGCCCGACAUUUAUAAUUUACCAGGAUGUUGGCAGCCUGCAAAGAUAGGUUUAUUUCAAAGAAGCCACUCCUUUGGGUCUAUCACCAAACCUACUUAACGAGUAGAAAUUGCAUUCCGAUCUCAUUGAGUGGUGUUGAAUUAUACAGUGAAGAGAUUGUGUCCAAACUCCAUUUUUGCACUGAGUUCCAUUCGGUGAAAUGCAUGCAUGCCCUUCUCAUCACAUUUGGAAAGGCUCAAAGUGUUCAUACUGGCACUAGAAUUCUAAAUGCUUAUGCCCGUGUGGAUUAUGUGAAGCGCUUCGCUGUGUAUAUCAAAUGUUGUCAUCCCAUGAUGUUCGUCCUGACUUUUAUACUUUUCCUCCUAUUUUAAAAACUUGCCGUAGCGUAAGUGAUGGAAAAAAGAUUCACUGCUUGGUUUCAAAACUAGGUCUAGAAUGGGAUGUAUUUAUAGCUGCAUCUUUGGUGCAUAUGUACUGUCGUUUUGAAGUUUUUGACUGUGCUAUCAUGAUAUUUAAUGAUAUGCCGUUCAGAGAUAUGGGCUGUUGGAAUGCUGCGAUUUCUGGGUUCUGUCAAAAAGGAAAUGCUGUAGGUGCAUUGAGUAUCUUACAAGAGAUGAGAUCGGUUGGAGUUAAGAUGGAUGGAAUAACUCUAGCAACUGUUCUUUCCAUUUGUGUUCAACAGAAUGAUAUUCGGCGUGGAAUGCUAAUUCAUGCAUAUGCCCUAAAACAUGGGUUAGAUUGCGAAAUAUAUGUGUCAAAUGCGCUGAUAAACAUGUAUGCCAAAUUCGGCGAGUUGGGGCAUGCCGAGAAGAUCUUUAAUCAAAUGGCGGCAAAAGAUUUAAUUACUUGGAACUCAAUGGUUGCUGCAUAUGAACAAAAUGAUCACCCAAAUAAAGCAAUUGAAUGCUUUUCAGUGAUGCAGCUAAACGGAUUCCAGCCUGAUUUAUUAUCAUUAGUGAGCUUAACUUCUAGUAUUGCCCAAACGAAAAAUUUUCGGUAUAGCACAUCCAUUCAUGGUUUCAUCCUACGAAGAUGCUGGAUACUAGAAGAUGUGGUGCUCGGGAACACAGUAGUGGACAUGUAUGCUAAAAUGGGUUAUGUUGAUUAUGCACUUGAGGUUUUCAAUAAGAUCCCUUGCAAGGACGUGAUUUCGUGGAACACUAUCAUUGCAGGUUAUGCACAAAAUGGCCUUGCAAGUGAAGCUAUUGAAGCCUAUUAUAUGAUGAGAGAGUGCGAGGGAAUACCACCCAAUCAAGGAACAUGGGUGAGCAUUUUGCCAGCUUAUGCCCAUUUAGGAUCGUUGCGAGAAGGGAUGAAGAGCCACGGACAGGUAUUCAAGGUAUGUCUCCACUUAGAUGUCUUUGUGGGUACUUGCCUGAUUGACCUCUAUGGAAAAUGUGGGAGACUAAACGAUGCUAUGUCUUUAUUUUAUGAAAUUCCCCGGGAGAGUUCAGUCCCUUGGAAUUCCAUGAUAUCCUGUCAGGGAGUUCAUGGGCACGGUCUAGCAUCUAUUCAACUAUUUAGAAAUAUGCUGGAUGAUGGGGUUAAACCAGAUAGUGUUACAUUCUUAUCACUUUUGGCAUCCUGUAGCCAUUCAGGUCUGGUUGAUGAGGGAAAACAGUACUUCGAUUUGAUGCAGCAAACAUUUAGGAUAAAGCCCAGUAUAAGGCACUAUGGGUGUAUGGUGGAUUUAUUUGCAAGGGCCGGGCAGCUGGAAAUGGCAUAUAAUUUCAUUACAAAAAUGCCCUUGCAGCCAGAUGCUUCAGUUUGGGGUGCUCUUCUCAGUGCUUGUAGAGUUUAUGGUAAUGUUGAGUUGGGCAAAUUGGCUUCUGAUAACUUGUUUUCGGUCAACUCAGAAGAUGUUGGAUACUAUGUUUUGCUGUCAAAUAUUUAUGCAAAUUCCGGAAAAUGGGAGAGGGUGGAUGAAGUGAGAUCAUUAGCAAGAGAUAGAGGAUUAAGGAAGACCCCAGGAUGGAGCUCAGUUGAAAUAAAUAACAAGAUUGAGGUUUUCUAUACUGGUAACCAGUCUCAUCCGCAAUACAAAAAGAUAUAUGACGAGCUGGAAUUGUUAACUGCUAAAAUGAAGAGCCUUGGUUAUACCCCAGACUUCAGUUUUGUGUUGCAAGAUGUGGAGGAUGAUGAGAAGGAGCACAUUCUUGCGAAUCACAGUGAAAGGUUGGCAAUUGUAUAUGGACUUCUCAAUACCCCUCCCAAAAGUUCAGUAUGUAUUUUCAAGAAUUUACGUGUUUGUGGCGACUGCCACAAUGUUACGAAAUUCAUGUCAAUCAUAACCGAGAGAGAAAUUGUAGUGAGGGACUCAAAUCGCUUUCACCAUUUCAAGGACGGGAUUUGUUCUUGUGGGGACCAUUGGUGACACGUGUCAUAAUUUUGUGAUUACAAAUUUAGAAUGUCCCCAAAAAGAUUUAUAUCUUAACUCUAUACCGCUGCGUAAAAAGAGCCAAAGAGGUUGCGUUGUCUCCGAAAGGUCAAACUCAGGUACUUUUCUCACUUUUUUUUUCACUCUUUUAAUAUAUUCUUUCUUUGAUUCAGAUGCUUACUGCUAAUAUAUUUUAGGCAAAUUC